AUGGAGUCGGAGGGCAUUUCUCGGCACGAGAUGGAGAUGAAGGCACUCACCGACAGCCUCUCGCGAAUACGACACCUCCGCAAGAAGCGAUCUGGCCUUGAUACCGCCGGCUCCCCUGUCGCUAUUGCAAACCCUCCGCCUUCCGCUCCCUCCACUGGCCCUGCCAGCUCCGCCUCUGCCUCCUCUCCCUUCCCCUCCUCCGCCCCGCCUCGUCCUUUCUUCCGCCACACCAGGCCCGCCUCCCCCUCUUCCGCGCAAUCCGUACCAUCUCCCGACGCCCGCUCAGGUUCCUUGCAGCUGCGCGCCGAGCAGAGCGCGCCGAGCCACUGGGACGUGCGCUCGUGGCUCCCCGAAGGCCUCGCUGCCGCCAAUCAACCGACGCCCGCCAGCGCAUCACGCGACGACGCGUCGGAGCAGAGCGCGUCCGCCCGCGGUGACGAGGGCGCGGUGAGCGAGGGGGGAGACGGCGCGGCGAGCGAGGACGUGCUGCGGGCGAACGAGCGGCUGAUGAUGCACGUGGCGGCCUCGCGAUGGGCGUCGCAGGGCGCUGCCGCGCAGGCGAACGCGGAGCACAGGGGGCCAUCGCCCCCGCGCAGGGCGCACGACGCGGGGGAAGCAGACGAUGAACGGUCCGAUGCUACAGCGCGGUUCCAUGUGGCGAGCGGAGCAGGCUUGGCGGAGACGCGUGGAAAGGCAGAGAUUGCUGGCUACAAAGGAGGGAAGGCGGAGGCAGAGGGGGACGACGAGGGGAAAGCAACGAGCAGGGGAGGAAACAACGACGGAGAGACGGAGAGUAGGGCGGAGGGGAGAAAAGAAACGUUGGUUGGUGCUAACACGUGGCGGUCAACGCGAGUCAACGAGUUGGAAUCGGAGGACGAUAGCUGGGACGCGCCAGACCCAACGAGCCGCGGAUUGUUCGGCGGCGGGUCAAGCGCGUUCUUCAACCCCCUCGCGGAUGACGUGGCGCUCAACCUGCGCCUGUCGCUCGACGAUGAUGAAGAUGAGGACGAGGAGGAGGAGGAGGAGGAGGAGGAGGAGGAGGAGGAGGAGGAGGAGGAGGAGGAGGAGGAGGAGGAGGAGGAGGAGGAGGAGGAGGAAGAGCGAGACGAGGAAGAAAGUGAUAUUUACUUAGAGGGCGCAAGCGUGGAAACCGGAAGCCGUGGAGGCGAUUCGAUUGGAGUGUCGGCGGCCGGCAAGUCCGGCACGAGCUACGAUCGGGCUGCCGAUUCCGGCUCGGAGGGCUGGGGGACGGGAGGGGGAGGCGUGGGUAAGGAGCGAGGUAGAGGCGGAAGGAAAGAGGCGAAGAAGGCGGGAGGCGCGCGGAUGGCGGCAGCGCGGCGGGAGUUGGAGGAGCAGCGCGGGGUGGUGGAGCGCAAGUGGCGCGAGAGCCAGAUGGAGAUGAGGCGAGCCGCGCGCAUGGCGACUGCACUCAAGGCCACCAUUGACUCCAUUGACUCCAUUGACUGCGUUGACUCGCCCGCCCGUGCCACCGUGCGCGCCUCCCUCCCUGCACCGCUGUGUUCGCCCCCUCACGGCUCACUUGCAGCCUUGCCUUCCCCCGUCUCCACUACUGCCGUUACUGCUGGCGCGCCUGCUUCGCUCGCUCUCGCUGUUGCUGCGGAUGGGGGCAGCGCGGGCGGCGGCAGCUUGAGUGACACGGGCGCGGGAGGCAUGGGAGGGGAGGGCGCGGGUGCGCGCAGCAUGGGGUGCAGCAGGCGCGCGCUGGUGGAGGCGCGGCGGCUGCGGGAGCGGCUGGAGGGGCUGAUGCGGCGCAUGGAGGCGCAGGGGAAGGCGGGCGCGGGCGGAAGCAGUGGCGCGGGGAGCGAGUGCGCGGAGUCGGAGGCGGAGUCGAGCAGCGCGUCGUCGUCGCGCCUCUCGUGGGCCGCCAGCAGCUCCGCCUCGCGCGGCGCCAGCAGCUCCGGCGGCAGCGGCGACGGCAGUGGCGGCGAUGCGACAUGGCUGCUGAAGCGCAAGAUCCUGCGCGACGCGGGCGAGAUGGCUCAUCUUGAGCGCACCAUGGCUCGCAUCGCUGCUGACGUGGCAACGACCAAGGACGUAUCAGCGCGCAUGGAAGGUCACGCGGUAGAGCGCGGGGAAGGGGGAGACGGCGAGGAGAGAGGCGGCUCGGAGACAGAGGCGGGCGGCGGGCAGAGGAAGAGGGAGCGGGGCGACGGGGGCGGUGGCAACGAGGGCGGCAGUGCAGGCAGUGAUGGCACUCUGGCCGUGCUGCAGGUGGGAGUGGAAUGCGGGCCUGGGGGCAGGGAAUGCGCUCGUGUUAGCUGUGCCACCUCCCUUGACUUCUCUCACUCUCUGCCCUCUGCCACUCUCCGCAUUCCCGCUCCCGUGUGCGCUCUGGCGGCGCGCAUGGAGGGGGAGGUGGAGCGGGUGCGCGAGGAGCAGGAGGCGUGGCGGCAGCGCGCGGCGGUGGCGGAAGCGGAGGCGCGGAGCCUGAGGCGGCAGGUGCAGCAGCGGGAACACGCGGGGGACGCCAUGUCAGCGUCGCUGCGCGCUGAGCUGGACAUGCUGCGCGCCAGCAAGGAGCGCACGAGGCGGCGCCAGCUGGCGGAGAGAGGCGCGUGGCGGAGGGCGGCGUACCAGCUACGCGCGGUGAUGGGGGGAGAGCAGCUGGCGCAGAUCCGCGAGGUGGGGGAGGACGGGGGAGCCGGGGGAAUGGAGGGCGUGGGGGAGGGUGGCAGGGGCAGCAUGCGUGCUUUGGACGGCGGUGUGCAGUGGAGUGGGGAAGGGGAAAGCUUUGGGGGGAGUGAAGGCGGGGGAGAAGGCGGAGAGGGGGGGAGGGAGAUGGAGGCGCUGACUCGCGCGCUGGCGCUGGUGGUGGCGACUGGCGCAACGGGGGGAAGUGACGGGGAGGAGGAGGGGGGAUUUGGAAGGGGAGACGGGCAACUGGUGGCAGUGCGGCGAAUGGCAGGUGCGCUGGUGCAUGAGAGGGGGGAGGAGAGAGGGGUGGAGUUUGCAGAAAGGGCGGAAUCAGGAGGAGGCGGAGGUGGCAGAAAAGGCGGAGGAGGCGGAGGUGAAGAGGAUGCAGCAAGAGGAGAGGGUGGAGGCAGAUGGACGGCACAAAUGAAGGAAGAACGGGCGCAGCGCGAGGGGGAGAAGCAGCGGAAGCAAGGGGAAGAAGAGCAGGUGAGGCAGCAGCAGCAGGCAGAGGCGGAGGGAGGCGGAGUUGGGGUGGGAGAGAAGGCGGAGGGCACCCUGACGGUGUCAACGGCGCACAGCAGAAAGGGCGGAGGGGGCGCGGGCGUGCAUGCGCUGGACGGCGCGCAGGGGGGCAAGCCGCGCGCGGGGAGGCGCGUGGGCGCGCGCAACGAGGAGGUGCGGAGCAGCAGCAGUGCUGCGGGAGCGAUUCUGAGGCGGAAUGGGUGGGAAGCGGCGAGGGGUGAGGCAGAUGAGGUGGGGCGAGGGAAAGGUGAGGGGUACGAGGAGAGGAGAGGGAAAGUGCGGCGGGUGGGGAGUGAAGGCGAGGCGGUGAGGAAUGGGAGCGGGAGAGUGAGAGGGGAUGCAGGGCAGAGGAACGGGGGAGAGAGGAAGAGAGGCGGGGAGGUGAAGCGAGGAGGGCAAGGAGGGGAGGAGGGCCGUAGUGACGCCAGCGGUGCCGCCUCUCAUUCUGAUGGCUCCGCUGGCGAGACUAGAGGGCGUGCAGAGGGGUGUGAGCAGGAUGGGGGCCAGAGAGGUGAGAAUGCGGGGUUGAGAGGGGAGGAUAGGGGAGUGAGAGCAGGCGAGGAGGGCAGCGAGGUGGUGGCAGGGGUGGUGUGGGAGGUGGCUCGGGUGCUUGACAACGAGUGGGUUGAGAGCGGUGCUGAGGGGCCAAGAGGGGUGGCGGAGGCAAAAGAUGAGGGUGAGAAGAGGAAUGGCAGGGAGGCGGCGGCAGCGGGGGAGAGGAAGAGCGGGCGGAGUGUCGAGAGGGAGGAGGAGGUAGAGGUGCGAGGGAGGAGCGAGCAGGGCGAGGGGCAGGGUGGGCGGCGGCAGCAAGAGGCGCACAUGGCAGUGCGAGAGCGAGAGCGGGAUCGGGAGUGGGCAGUGGAGGGGGGGCUGGCAUUGGUGUCACCGUUCGCCGCAGAGGAGCCGUUCAAGGCAGACCACGCCUCCCCCUUCUCCUUCCCCUGUCUUCCCGCCUCCCCUUCCUCCACGUCCCCCUCCUCCCCCUCGCUCUCCCCCCAUCCUCUGCUCAUCCCCCGCGCUCACACCCACUCCAUGGGGCAGCGCCCCCCGCCCAUCCUCCCUCCACCCGCCCUCCCCCCGCCAACUCUCCCCCCGCGCCACCAUGCGACCCACUCCUCCCUCCAACACCCCCAGACCACCCCGCAACCCUGGUGGCCGCAGCAUGAAAUGCAGGAGCGACACGUGGGGAGCAGCAGCGAGCAGCAGAGGGCGGGCGGUGAGCAGCAGAGGGCCAGCAGCGAGCAGCAGGUGUCAGACGCGGGCAGUGGGUGUGCACCCUCCUCCUCCCUGCACUGCCCGCCCCACCCCGAGUGGCCUCCUCCCCCCCAUGACAGGCCUUCUGGGUCUUUCUGGUCCCUGGCAGGCGGCACUGCUGCGGUGCAGAGCGGUGCAAGGGAGUGGAGCGAGGUGGAGAGCAGCGGCAGCAGCAGCACUGUGCAGGGCGGGGGGCGAGAUGGUGCAGGCGGGUGGGGUGGCGAGGGUGGUGGGGGGUGGAGCGCGGGAGGGGUUGGGGGAGCAGGGAGUGGAGGUGGGAGUUGGGGAGGGAACCAGCAGCAGCAGCAGCAGCAGAGAAGGGGGUUGAUGGGCAUGCUGUGGCGCAGCGGCAGUGGCAGCAGGGGCAGGGCCAAGGUGGGUAUGGCAGGAAAGGGCACGGGCAUGGGCAUGGGAGCAGGCAUGGGCAUCCCACGGUCGCUCAGUGACUCACGGCGCUCCACCAGAGUGGCGCCUCUGGCGCCCACUGCCACUGCUGCUGCUGCUGCUGUGUCCGCCAGGGGCAGUGGUGGUUAUGGUCACGGCGGUAGUUACGAUGGUGCCGGCAGCAGUGGUGGUGGUGGGGUGGGCGGAGGUAGGAGCGUGUGGGGGCCGGCAGGGGCGGGGGAGAGGCGCGAGGGGUGGGAGGCGCAGGGGGAGGGAUGGGGGAGGGGCGUGCAGCAGGGAGAGGUGGGGAGUGGGAGCAGCAAGAGGGGGUUGGGGCUGGGCACACUGAGGAGAUUCAUGUCCCGUGGAGGUAGCGUGCUGUCACAUGCUGCUGUUGGCACUCUCGUGCUGUGUGCAGUGGUGUUCACAGCAGUAGGAAUAAACAUCGAGGAAGAGAGUGACGGGGCCGCUGUUGGCUAUGUGCACCUGCAGUCACAGCACGGGCAGGAGCCGUGGGAAGGGAAGGAAGCGUGGGGAGGGGAGGCGUGGUGGCAGGAAUGGGGUGAUGGUGAGGUGAGGCAUCGACAAAGAGGCUGA